UGUUGAAAUUUUUUUUUUUGUUUUUUUUCGAUCGAUCGAAUUGAUUUAUCGAUAUAAGGAACUAUGGUAACCAUUCGAUGAUUCGAUUUUUUUGAUCGGUUCGGAAAUUCUGAAAGUCCGAAUUGUCAAAGUCAUUUUUUGCCAUUUGUUUGUGUGUGCAAGUGUGUAGGUGUUAAAAAAUUUUUGAAUUUUCAAUCAACGAUGAAUGUUAUAUUCAUUUUCGGUAUUUUCUGCAUCAUCAAUGAUAAUUUAGGAUUUGUAUGGAUGGCUACAACCGAAUCACCAAAAAUCAAUCUAAAACCAUCCAUUCAUUUUAAUGAUUUAGAAUUAAAAUUAUUAUGUGAACCACGUGAAUUACGUAAACAAUUUUCAAAAAAAUUACGUACAAAAUGGACAAAAUGUUUAGGAUUAGGUAGAAUAUAUUUUCCAUAUGGUAAAAAUAUUGCAAAAAGUCAUAGUGGUGGUCGUCGUCGUGGUCGUUAUCAUCGAACAUCAUUAGAUGAAAAUACAUGGAAACGUUUACGUUUAUAUCUAACAACAAGCGAUGAUACAAUGAAUGUUUAUUGUCGUUUAUCAUCAAAUUGGAAACCAUGUUCAUAUCAUUUAAAACAAAUACAUUGUUUACAAUCAAAUUAUGAUUCAAUACAGAUGGCUAAAAAUCCAAAAUAUUCACCAUUAUAUCAUAAUAUUAAUCGACAACGUACACAAUCAUUACAACAAAAAUUAAAUUCAAAAAAACAUUUAAUUAAUCAAGCUGAACGUGAAGAUAAUAUUGAAAAUAUGUUUGAAUUAUAUAAAAUACGUUGUGAAAAUAUUCGUAUGAGUGCUCAUUAUAUGAAUGGUGGUGGUGGUGGUGGUGGUGGUGGUCGGGGUGAAUCAACAUUAUUCAAUCGUUAUAAUCAACAUUUAUUUCAGGAUUAUCAUUAUCCACAAGAUGAUGAUGAAGAUGAUUAUGAUUAUGAUGAUGAUCGUGAUUAUAAACGUCAAGAACUUUGAAAGAAGAAAAAAAAAUUUGGAUUAACCUGAUAGAUUAACCUGUAGAAAUGAAUGA